GGCCAGGCAUGCGAAAACCGCAACAAACACGUGCACUUGGCCAAAGAGCCAGAGAGCGAGUGUCGCGGAUGCGCAGUGGGUGGCCAGCGGCACAAGGCUCAUGUGAUUUCAACCCAGGCGCGUAGCCGCAAGGGGACUAAUAAUUGAUUAGGGGAUGUUGAAGGCAUUUCAAAAAUGUUCCAGGAUUUUCAAAACUACUAACUACUAUUUCUUGCGAAAGAGGGAAAACCCUCUUAUUUCAAGAAUGUACCAGUCAAACAGACCCCUUCCUAUGUGUCUUGCAUUUUUCAUUUUAAAUGUAAUAUAUAUAUAAGAAAAUUUCUAAGAAACUGAAACAUAAAUUUUGGCCAUGAAUACGUUAAAUUAAAUAUUAAAUAUUAAUUGGUAUGUGCCACCGCCCUAGGACACAUCUGUAAGUAAAUAGAUUUUAAACAAUCUUAGUUAAGACACCCGCAUCCCCCUUGAAUAACUAAUUUAAAUUUAUAAACUUCUGGAAGAAUUGUAAUUAGUCCGCUUAGUCUUGGAAACUCGAGACUCCUGAAGUGCAUCUGAGCUGCGAAAAGUUUACCUGCCUGGUUAUCAGUCUGCCUUGCAGCUUAUCGGUCAUCUAAAGUUGGGAUGGCCGAAUGCCACAGGUUCGCAGGAGGCUCUUAACCGGAAACAUCCCUUGGCGGAGUGCACCACGAGUGAGCCAGAAAGUGUGCUAUGGUUUUUCGCACGCUGGUGGAAAUUCGUGGCCCGGACAUCGAUAAAUCGAGCCUAUACACAACACAUACCUCAUUCACACAGCGAACGUGGGAAACCCCCAAGCGGCACUCUGGCGGAAAAUUUGUACCGCACCUCUCUCUCUCUCUCUUUGGCUCCCUGUCUCUCUGGGAAUUGCCAAUCUCUCGCCCAUUUAGAAGUAACGCCACGUUCUAGAUUCCUUUCGGCUUGCCGCUCUGUUUUGGUUGGCUUUCUGUUUUGUGCUCUAAUUCGUAAGCAAAGCCAAUAGUUUUCGCUCUGCCAUUUGUCAGAGAGCCGCGAAGAGAGAUUGAGAGGGGGAGAGCAAAGUGCAGCGCAUUUUCCGCCCUCGAAAAUGGCGAAAAGGAAAAGCUCGCUCGCGCAUGUGGGCAGGUUGCCCAUCGAAUCGGGUCACAAAGUUCCCAGUGCAGCAGCUUCUGUGUGUUGUUUUUUCCUAGCUAUUUUUUUUUGCCGUUUUCCGUCUGCUCCUUGCUGUGGUGCUUGUGUCUUUUGCCAGCUUUUCUUCUUCAACUUGGGGGCCUUCGGUGUAUAAAUGGCAGCGCGCCCACGUAUCGCGUUUCAGUCUACGUUGGACUUUAGCGCGCGUCGCACACACACUGCGUAUACGUAACGGCGGACUCCGCACCGAACUGAGGCCUCCGUCCAAGUGACGCCGCCGUGCUCCGAUCACUUGGCGUUCUGGGCCGGUCGCUCUUCGAUUUUUCCGCUCGAGCCUCGAAGAGAAAAGUCGGCGGAAAAGUGCCUUCCUCUCGGGAACCGUUGUGAACUGCUUUGUGUGGGCAAUAGAAUUUCAAAUUUAACGGCUUUUCGUGGUGAAAAAAUCAUUGGGGAAUUUUCAAAAUCGAAGGCGAGGCUUAUAAUUACAUUAAAUAAUUUCGACGGUUGAAAUUACGGAUAUUUUAGGAGAAACAUAUUAGGCACAGUGAAAAUAUUUAGACGUGCAAAAAAACUUAUUAAUAAAGUGAAAAAUUAAAAAAAAAAAAUAAUAAUACUAUCAGGAUUGCCUCGUUAAUAAGGAGGACAAUAAGAAAACUGCAAGUGUGGCGAAAAUUGAUUCGAACAUAAAUAAAGGGCAGCCAAGCGUGGCCAGACAAGGACAACAAAAGCAAGGGAAGCCGAAGGAUUUGUGAUUGGCCGAAAAGGCAAAAAUCAAUAAAAGCGCCACAUGUAAGAGGACACCGGGCACAAGCGACAUGGUGGCCAAUCGGCAGGGCAUGGGGCUCACGACUCCUAGCCUCCAGUUGCUGCGGUGGAAUAAGUAACGAGUAGUCCCAGGGAGUAACAUGUCGGAUCGAUAUCCAGCCAGCUUCUACGAUCAGCAUCAUCACCAUCCGCAUCAUUUUACGCCGACAAUGUCGCACUAUCCGCCGCAACCCUACAGAUCGGGUUACACCGGCUACCAUCCCUAUGGCUACGGCUAUGGGUCUUCUUCUAGUGCUUCUUACAUGCCUAACUACUAUCGCUAUGCUUCGUACGCCUCGCCGCACUAUAGCCAGCACCAUCAGGGGAUGUUCACGCCGGCUGGCCAGCAGAUAAUCCCCUCCAGCGUGCUCCACUAUCCGCCCAGACCGCAUCCCUACCAGCAGAUACCGCAGCAGCAGCAGCCACAUCCGCAGCAAUCUCAGCCUGGUUACGAGCCACCACCACCCUUGCCGUACAGUUCUUCCGCUUCUUACCAAUCUCGUGGCUUCGGUGGCUUUGCGGGCCCAACGCCGCACUAUGCGCCACCUGGCAGAUCCUCGACGCCAGCGCCAAAUCGCACAGUGUUGCCACCCAGCUAUCUGGAACCGCUGCGCAGCUACAGCACCGAGCAGCAACACCUAAGUCAGCAGCAACAUCUGAGCCAACAGCAGCUGCAACAUCACCCGCUGCCUGGAACCCCAAAGCUCGAGGAUCCGGAUGUCGAGGUGGAGGCGGUGGCCGAGUCCCCCGCUCAGCGAUUGACCACUUCGCCGCCCAUGAUCAGUGCCACCGGAACGGACAGCGGCAUCAGCAAUUGCAGCACGCGGGCGAGGAGCGACAGCAGUCAGAGCACGCCCGUUUACAGUGGAGAAUAUCCGGUUAACAUGUCCGUGGAGUCCGCCUCCUGUGUGCCCUAUCACUGUCCGGCGGAUGCGCGGGACUACGAAGAGGAGGAGCACCAGGCACCGGUGACGGCGGAAGUCAGAAGGGCGGACACUCCGCUCGAUAUUACCGAUGACAUAAGCGCCACGUCGCCAGUGGCCGCUGAUAAGGUGAAGCCCACAGCGCCCACUCCAUCAGAAGUUGCCAAGCGAGCGGAAACCAAUUUGCAGCCGGACUCAGCAGCAUCCUCGGAUGCGCCGACGACGCCGCAGGAUACUAGUGGUGAUCCAAUAAUAGAGGCGACCGACGAGAGGCCAGGACAUGCGCGACAACAGCAACAUCCUGUGACGAACAACUGGAGUCCAACGCCGCGGCGCCCGCGCACUCCGCCGGCACCACAGAACUCGCCCAUUGGCUUCGGCCAAAAUGCGAGUGUGCCACCCGCCUUGGCUCACCUGCUGCAGCAGCAGCAACAGCAGCAAUUGCAGUUGCAGCAGCAGCAACAACAUCAGCAGGUUGGCAACCUCAAGCGGUGUGCAACAUCUGGAAAGAAUCGCAGCAGCAACAACCGCAUCAUCGAGUGCGAUCUCAUUCCGAGCAAGAAAUCAAAACGGAAGCCGACCAAAAAGCAAGCCGGAGAGAGCGAAAAUAUGGAGGCUGUGGAGCCGAUUGUUAGGGAACAGAUUAGGGAUAUCAAACCAUUGCCGGGAUUCCUGCAGGCCUUUGGUUCCACCGAAAUAGGUCGCUUCUCCGAGCGAUUCCUGCAAACGCCGGAAUCCCUAGUGGAGCGAUUAGCCGAGGAGUAUGCAGGCAGCGCACCCAACCACUGUCAAUCUCAUCCAGCUGGAGGCUACAUCGAGUCCCCGGCCAUGGGCACACACAACUACUAUCCUUAUGAGGAGCAGAACCAAGGCGGCUAUCCAAGGAAUCGAACGCGAGACUACGGCUACGAGAUUCCGGACUACAUGGCGUAUGAGCGAUACGCGGCCUAUGGAGCUGGAAGACCAAGAGCUCGCUUCGGGGAAAUCCGCUGCAACGGCUACUAGAUACGGUCCACCGAUAUCGAGCGGAUCAUAUAUAGAACUAGGGUUAGUGUUGUUGUAGUCGUGCAUAGUCGUUGUCAUUCGAUAUUCUCUGUGUGUGCCUUUUUCGGUCAAAAUUAGAAAAUGUAUCCCCCGAAGAGUUGUUGUUGAGGGGGGCAUUGUUAGCAAUGAGUGCGGUCAAAAUUUACCACAAGGAAGAUAGAAAACAUAGAAAAACCAAAGGAAACAAGAAGCCAAAAUAUUGUUAGCAAUACUAUAUACAUGUACAUGAAUAUUUAAUUAAGUAGUUCAAUGUAUUUUAAAUCGAAGGCGUUUUUAAAUCGAUCCAGCAUGUAAGUCGAAAUCUUGUCCCACUGUACAUAAGAAUGCAUUUGUAUGUGUAACUCUCGGUUUAGUCAAGCUACUUGGGCAGUUGGUAUUGGGAUCUAAAUGUUUUUAAGGCCUCCAGGAGUUCGGGGAUAUUUUACUCAACUUCUACGUGAAAGUAUUUAACACUCGAAAAUUGCUUACAGCACCGU